AUGCCAGAGCCCUCGUUCUUCGCCGCGGGCCUUAUCACUAAACGCAGUACUUGCCAAAGKGUGCGUGAACCGGCAAUUGAAAGACCAGUGGAAGAAGAACCUAUUAUCCCAGUAAAAGCAGAUGGCGGUUUGGAGAGACAGACUGAUCUCAAAAAAGAACAAGACGACAGGCUAAGUCUGCAAGACCGUAAAAAUUUUGAAAAAGAGAUGGAUGAAAUAUUGGAGGCUGGAGAUUUGGAUGACAUCAACGAAUGGAUUACCCCGGAGAAACUUACUAAGUGUGCCACGAACUGCCUUGAAAAGUCUCUAGAGGUCAGCCACACGUUGAAGAGUCUAGCUGAAGCUAAAGGUCCAGAUGCAGAUGAUCUAUGCGCACUUGGAACAUCAGUCGAAGAAUUUGCUGUUCAACUGCUUGAGCCUCUCAAAAGCGAUGACUUAAAGAGGGCUAUAUUUAAAGGAGAAGACUUUGAUCGUGUCGCAGAUAAAGCUGUGAAAUAUCGACAGAAAAAGUUCGUCUCACAUCCCGUAGUCUACAAUUUUCUGACGAGACAACGAUGGACAGGUUACUUUGACCAAAUGAGAUACAGCAAAAUCUGGUUCAAGUGGUUUUUACUUAACUUGUGGGUUUUCUUCGAUGUGUUCCUUUUUCCUGUGGUCCAUGCUUUGCUGUGGGUGAUACAUUUGAUCAUCGAAUAUGCCAAGAAAAGACAAGAAAUUCGCGUUGUUUUCCUGUUCAACGCAUCGUGGAAAUACGCAGAUAGACAGUUCCGCGCAAUGCAAAGUACUGCAAGAUACAUCAUGCAGCAAACUAGAAAAUCUGAUAAAACUCAGUAUGCUACGGUAACACGUGACUAUGAUGGACCAAUAGUAAAGGAGUUUACCAGUUCUGAAGAAGCCAUAGGAAACAUGCCUAAGGCUAAGGACGUGAAACAUCCCACACGUGAAGUUAACAAAAACAAGGAUGUAAAAGACGACGUCGGGUUCUUAGACUGCUUGAAGGAGGCAAACGAUCUUUUCGAAAAAACUGAAGAGAGCAAGAAGGUGCUUGUCGUUAUGACGGACGAUAAACUUGGCACUCCGAACAACGAGCCUCUGAGAGCUGUGGAAUCCAUAAAACAGCAGAACAUCAAAGUGAUUUCUGUCGGCCUUGGUGUACAUCCUGAAAUCAAGGAGUUGGAAACCAUGGGAACGAGUGGCGAAAAUGUCUUUUUGAUGUUCAGUGAUAACAGCGACAUGGAUGAGACAAAGAAGUUCAACAUUCUCGAAAGCAUCAAGGGAAAAGAUAUCUAUGAUCGUUAUGUCCGGUAUUUCAAGACACCCUACUUCAUUUUCUUCCGUGACACCUUGAGUUACCUGGCACUACUUGGCCUUCAUUUUGCUAUGUGUCUGCAACCAUCUACAAUCCAUUUCACUGCUGUCGAAUGGAUCAUAUCGUUAUUCUUUCUGGGAAGAUUGAUGAUGGAAAUCAAUCAGUUUAUCACGGAGAAGAACUCGGACUGGAUAGAGAAGAAUGAUUUGUCGCAACAAGACCAUAAAGCAGAGGAGGAAAAGCCAAAAGAAGAUGAUGAAGAAGAAGAAAUGAAAGAAAAAGAAAAAGAAAAAUCCACAUCUGCUAAAGAUGGGGAGGAAGAUAAACAAGAAAAUCAAGAUAAACAAGAUGAGAAGGACAAGAAAACGCAAGGGCUAAAGAAAUUAUGGAGAAUUAUGUCAAGUUAUUUUGACGACUGGUGGAAUAUACUUGAUGUAGUUACACUAAUCGYCUUCCUGGUUCUUGUUGGUAUACGUGCCUUCACUUGGUCACAGAAUUCGUCCAUAUCAAAGAACCGCCUCCUUGCAGUUGCUGGCUAUCUUUACGGCUUUAACGCCAUGCUUCUUACACUUAGAGUGUUUGGUCACAUUAUGGAGUCUAAAAAAUCUACAGGAUCAAUCCAGAUAGCUUUGUUUCAGAUCAUUACAGCUGUUAUUGCGAUAUUGGGUCAGUUUGUAGCAGCAACCGUGGCUUUCUCUUUGGUUAUUACGAAGAUUUAUGUUGCAGAGGUGUCGUACAAUUCUGGGGCAAACGUCACUUCUAGUGGGUUGUGUGGAAGCCAAAACGGAUUUAAUUGUUGGUGGAGUUUCACAAGAUAUCUUACUUGGUCACUUUUGGGCAUCGCUGAGCUUACGCCUCUGCAAUCUUCAGACGACACUUCCGAUGUUCUUGCUAAGAUUUUGUAUGGUCUGUUCUUGAUAAUGGGGGUGGUGAUGUUAAUGAACAUGAUGAUCGCUUUGUUGUCCAACACUUACCAACACGUCGAGGACAACGCCUUCUACGAGUGGUCAUACAAAAAGGCCACAACAAUUAGGACUUACAAUAAGUACCAUCCUGUUCCAGUUCCUUUCAACAUUAUCUCCCUGACUUUCAUCCUGCUUCGACACAUCUACACGACGAUAAGAUGCACCAAAUGCAAGAGGAAUAAGCCACGCCACAGGGCUAUGCCGCCAAUAACCGCUACUGCUGAAACUUCGAUUGAGAUGAUUGAGAUGAAGGAAAAGAGGCGUAAAAAGGAAGCAACUAGAAAGUCCCUAUUUGACACCUUAGUCGAAGAUCUGCAGUCUGAGUACUUUGCUAUUUAUGGUUAUAACUUCCCUUUGGGAGAUGACAACAAAAUGGAUCGAGUCUUGAAAGAAACUGAAGGUUGUCAUCAAUUAAUUGGGCACAUUGCUGAACGUACUUUCCGCUACGAUCAAAGAGAAAGGAAAAGACUCGAGCCACAUGGGCAUCCUGACUGGAAGACAGAAGGAAUCGAUGUUGUUGGUCAACGACUUGUACACGUUUCUUGUCAAUGCAAUGAUGAAAUUAAACAUCACGGAGCGAGAUAUGUCAAUCCUCUGUCCGAAGAAUACCCAGAGUUCGAGGUUUUAAUUCAAGAGAGUGGCGAAAGACGCUUCGUUGCCAUUGGAGUUGUGACUGAAAACUACAAGCUUCACAAAUUUCCAGGCUGGCAUGGCAAUACUGCAGGAUAUCACAUUGAUGACGGCAAAAUCUUUGAUAGUGCCCACUCGAUAUUAGGGAAAGAGGGCGACGAUGCCAUGGCUUAUAGAGGUGAUCUCAUUGGCUGCAAAAUACUUUAUGAUCAACAAAAAGAUGGUAAAAUGCCAGUCUCUUUCACUUUGAAUGGCCGAGUCGUGGGAGAGGCUAAACUCAACUGCCAUGGCUUUGACUCUGGUCCCUUUUAUCCGUAUGUUGGUAUCGGAAGUAAAGGAAUCAUUUUGCUGUUCAGGAUGUGUCCUAAAGUCUCCUUGCCUCGUACGGACCCUGACCAUGUGAUUCAGAUGCUUGGAUGCAUUUCUGAGCAACUGCAGCGGAUGAGUGAAAGGCAAACAGAGCUCGAAUGGAAAAUAGAUCAUCUGUCAAGAUCAUUAGCACUACAAUAAGAAGUCAUGACCGGCUGACAAAACAGGGGCUGAUCCA